AGACCUCAUCCUCCAAGGAGCUGCAGCAAUGAAGGCUUUAGUCCUCACCGUCCUCUUCCUCCUCAUUGCAGCCAGUGAAGCCACAGUGUAUACCAAAUGUGAACUGGCUUCAGCUCUGAAACAAAAUGGCAUGGAUGGCUAUUAUGGCUACAGCUUGGGCAACUGGAUCUGUAUGGCUUAUCAUGAAAGCAGGUACAACAGCAGAGCUGUGGGGCCACCAAACUCGGAUGGCAGUCGUGACUAUGGGAUUUUCCAGAUAAACAGCCGCUGGUGGUGCAACAAUUACCAGGGUCCUACAGCUAAUGGCUGCAAUAAGCCUUGCAGUGCUUUCACAGAUGAUGACAUCACAGAUGAUAUUGUUUGUGCUAAGAGAAUUGUGCGUGAUCCGAACAAGAUGGAUGCCUGGGUUGCCUGGAGAAACAACUGCAAAGGAAGAGAUCUGUCAGAAUGGACUCGUGGCUGCAGGCUCUGAGAUUCACCAUCCUGCACUUCUCUUCACCCUCCUGUGAUGAAAGCGAUGAUAUUCCUGAUAUCAACAAGAUUUAACAACUUGAUUCUACGCUUGUACCCCAUGUGUUGGGAAGAAAGGGUUUCUUUGCAUACAAACGAUGAUUUUAGAAAGACGUUUGGGUGGAAAAGAGGGAAAGAGUUUGGUUUUAAAAAUCUUCAAAAAUAGCUUGAAAAUGUUCAAUAAAACAAGUAUUGUGCAUUUUGCC